AUGCCUGUUUACGAAUACAAAGGCCUGGACAAGUCGGGCAAGACCAUCAAGGGGAUCCUCGACGCCGAGAACAAAGGCGCGCUCCAGCAGAUCUUGCAGAAGCGAGGGAUCUUUGUCACCGACGUCCACGAGGGCAAGGGCGGAUCGACGGCGAACAAGGGCGAGUUCGAUCUCGCGCGCAGUUUGCAGUUUGUCACGUUGCGCGACAUCUCCGUGCUCACGCGUCAGCUCUCGACCUUGUUGCGCGCGGGCAUCCCGCUCGUCGAGUCGCUCUCGGCGCUCACAGAGCAGGCCGAAAAGGACGAGCUCAAGCGCGUCCUGGCGGAUGUGCGUCGGCAGGUCAACGAGGGCUCCUCGCUCGCCAACGCGCUCGGGCAGCACACCAAGCACUUCAAUCACCUGUACGUGAACAUGGUCAAGGCGGGGGAGUCUUCGGGCAACCUCGACGUGGUGCUCGAGCGUCUGACGGAGUUCCUCGAGAACCAGAUGGAGCUUCGCAGCAAGGUCACCUCGGCCAUGAUUUACCCGCUGCUGAUGACGGUGGUGGGGACAGGGAUCCUCGGGUUUUUGUUCGCGUUCGUGAUCCCCAAGGUCACCGCGAUCUUCCAGGAUCAGGACCGCGCGCUGCCGCUGCCUACACAGAUCUUGUUGUUCAUGAACGAUGUGUUCAUCGGCGGGUGGUUCAUCAUCCUGCCGACGAUCAUCCUCGGCGCCUGGGCGUUUAACCGCUGGCGCAAGUCCGAGAAGGGUAAGCCCAAGUGGGACAGGUUCCUGCUCAAGGUCCCGGUGGUCUCGGGCGUGAUCCGCAUGAUCGCCAUCGCGCGCUUCGCGCGAACGCUCGGCACGCUGCUCUCGAGCGGUGUGCCGCUGCUCUCGGCGCUCGAGAUCGUCAAGAACAUCCUCGGGAACGCUCGCCUGAUCGAGGUCAUCGAGGAAGUGCGCGUGAACGUGCGCGAGGGCGAGGCGAUCGCGGUGCCGCUCAAGCGAAGCGGUGAGUUUCCGCCGCUCGUCACGCACAUGAUCGCGAUUGGCGAGCGCACCGGUCAGCUCGAGGAGAUGCUCGAGAACGUGGCGGUCAGCUACAACCAGCAAGUGGAUAUGAGGAUUCAGGCGGCGACGACCUUGCUCGAGCCGCUGCUUAUCGUGGGGAUGGGGAUCUCGGUCGCGUUCAUCGUGUUCGCGAUCAUGCUCCCGAUCCUCGAGAUGAACCAGGCGCUCCAAAAGAACGCCAGGCGCGGUAUGUCGCUCGUCGAGGUUCUGAUCGUCUUGACGAUCAUGGCUUCCAUCGCUGGCGUCGUCGGCGUUUACGCCGUCGGCGCGCUCGAGGAGUCCAACGUCAAGGAAGCGACCAUCGAGGUCGGCAACCUCGACAAGAUGGUGCAGCAGUACAUGCUCAUGCAAUCGCCUCCCAAGGCUCCCGAUAGCCUCGAGGCGCUCACGCAGGGCCGCGCACCUGUCACCAAGAAGAUCCCACAGGACCCAUGGGGUAACGACUACGUCUACCGCAAGACGGGCAACCGCGAGUGGGAGAUCUUCUCGGCCGGGCCAGACGGCUCCGAGGGCACCGAGGAUGACGUCCGCCCAGAGCAGUGA